AUGCCACGGGUGCCUUUUCUUGGGAGGCUUUUCUGGGCCGAGUAUCUUGCUCUCUUUGCUUCACUGACUCUAGUAUUUUCCGAAGGAGCCUUGAGAUUAAUCACACUCUGUCUUCCCGAACCUGUGAUUCGAUUCUUCUACCAACAAUCCAAAUCCUUGUUCAACAUUCUAGCGUCUUCUCAGAGCAGGGGUGCUCGUUCCAAGCACAAGAGCCUGGCGGAAGCUAUUGCGCAGACUGUGGAUUUUGCUGACGUCUGCUCUUUGUUUGGGUAUGAAACAGAGGAACACAUUGUGCAAACGAAAGAUGGCUACCUGCUCGGUCUCCACCGGCUUCCUUUCCGUCGUGGGGAAGAGGAAAACUACGUCAAUGGUGACAAGGCGGGCGUGCGCAAGAAAGUCGUCUACCUCCACCAUGGUUUGCUCAUGAACAGUGAGGUCUGGGUCUGUCUGACCGAUGAACAGCGAUGUUUGCCUUUUCAGCUUGUCGAACGAGGAUACGAUGUGUGGUUGGGCAACAACCGCGGGAACAAAUACUCCAAAAAGUCUACAAAGUCAUCGCCGGCGUCUACUGACUUUUGGAAUUUUUCAAUCGAUGAAUUUGCAUUCCACGACAUUCCGGAUAGUAUCGAAUAUAUUCUAGAAGUCACUAAGCAGCCGUCUCUGUCCUAUAUUGGGUUUUCGCAAGGGACUGCCCAGGCGUUUGCAGCACUGUCUAUUCACUCAACUUUGAAUCAAAAAGUUGAUGUAUUCGUUGCUCUGGCGCCAGCCAUGUCUCCGGCAGGACUGUACAACGGCGUCGUCGAUGCAUUAAUGAAAGCUUCACCACAGGUUGUUUUUCUCGCCUUUGGACGCAAAAGUAUUCUCAGCUCCACCGCAAUGUGGCAAGCCAUUCUCUAUCCACCGAUCUUCGUGCGAAUCAUUGACAUCUCACUGAGAAUGCUCUUCAACUGGACCGGGGACAAUAUCACGCAGAACCAAAAACUAGCAGCAUAUCCUCAUUUGUAUUCGUUCACCAGCACAAAGUCUGUCGUACAUUGGUUCCAGAUUAUUCGCAACAAGGCCUUUCAGAUGUACGAUGACGAGGUAGGCGGGCCGCUAGCAGUCGGUAAUAAUAGUCGCUACUAUAAGCCUGUUAGAUACCCUACCAGAAAUAUCCGAUCUCCCAUAGUUCUGAUAUAUGGCGGAAGCGACAGCCUUGUGGACAUUAGUGUCAUGCUCCGCGAACUACCGCAGCGGACGACUGUUAGGGAAGUUCCGAAGUAUGAACAUCUUGACUUCCUCUGGGGCGCGAAUGUCGAUAAGCUCGUUUUCCACCACGUAUAUGAAGCGCUUGAAAGACAUGCUGGCGGUGACUCAACAGUUCACUUCCCGCUUCAAAUCACUGGUCCCGAGAGAAAGUCUUCUAAUGGCAACCACUCAUACUUCCGGCAACCCAAAUUUGAGGCAACACGGUAUGCAUUUGCGAAAUACAUCGUUUCACAGACAACUUUCACUAACUUUAUCAGCAGCACAUAUUCGGUCAGCGAUUUGAUGUAUGGAGACGAGGAUUGGCGCAUCGACCCAAGCAAGGCACCGGAAGACAUAGAUCUCGAUACGCCUACAUAA